AUGGGUGCCACCAGAAGACUCAAGACCAAGCGACGCACAAGAGACUAUGAUCAAAUCCGUCAAGACCUCACCUCCCGCAAACACCUUCAAGACUUCCAAGACACCAAGGACGCCGAAGAUCUUCCCGGCUUGGGGCAGCACUACUGCGUCGAAUGCGCAAAAUGGUUCGAGACCGAGCACAAUCUUGUAGCGCACCGCAAGGGAAAGAAUCACAAGAGAAGACUGCGAAUCCUCAAGGAAGAUGUGCAUACACACAAGACUGCCGAGCAGGCAGUGGGACUGGGCGUCGAUAAUGGCAAGCGAGACCAGACGCUGAUGGAUACCGACGAACCUGAAGCCUAG